ACCGUGAUGUCUCAAUCAAAGAGUGAGUGUUUGCUCCAAAGUUUAACAAUUACCCACUGAGAGAGCAUGAACAGAAAGAGAUUCAAAUCUGCAGCCUGCACGGUUGCAGAUCUGUCUUUGCACUCUCUGUCAUCUCUGCUUUUCUUUAAUUUUGCAACAUCCACGCUUCACUGUCACAGCUUCACUUUUUUUUUUCUCCUCAGGUCUGUCUGCAGCUCAGAUAAACAAUGCAGGCUGAGGAUGCAGAGAAGGAGUGAAACUCACACGAUUUUACUGCAAACUUUCCACUGAAAAACAGUGAGAUUGAAGAGACGUGACUUUGUCAGAGGACAGAGAGUCUGGAAUUUUAUUUUAUUUUUUAUAAGGAAGUGGCUCGACAUUUAUAACAUGCUGAAAGGUUUCUUUCUCAGAGUGUAGAGGGAGUGGAAUAACAGUAACUGAACAUGUACUGUUAGCUUAGCUUAGGAGCUACUCAUUACAUGCUGAGUUGUGUUUUAUUGAGUUAAGAUAAGAUAGGCUUUGUCUCAGAGAGGAAAUGUGUUUCAUUCAGGGAUAUUUAAGUAGUUAUCCCAGAGCACAGAUAUCACAACACGCCAGGUUGACUGAGGUCGUAUUACACUUCCCUUUUAAGUGCCCCGCUAGAAGAAAACACUUCACCACAGAGUAUGUAAAAGAAGAUCCUCAAUAGAGGUUUUAAAGUGGCAUUCUGGACAGUCACAAUGCCUUUCCAGUCCAAAACAAUUCAUAACAUGUUUCCUAUGGUGACUUCAACCUUAUAAAAUGUCCUCCAGGUGUUCAUGCAUGCACUAAACUCUUGAUAUUUGAUUAUCUGCAUGUGCAACUGGCUGACUACACCCAGGCUUUUUCCUGCAGGAAAAUAAAAGUCCUGCAAAAAGUCUUAGAGAGUCUUUCCAGUGAAAAUGUAAGAAAGAAAGUUUCUGCAGUGGUGUUGGAGGUUUUGUUUUCUGGCACUAAAAGCUGCUUUUGAUGUGAAGAUGAUGUUGAUGCUGAUGGUCCUGGGUUUUUUUUGUUUUGUUUUGUUUUGUUUUGUUUUUCUUUAAGAUUAAAGCCUGAAUUGGGACUUUGUACUCAAAAUCAUGAGACUAAUGUCAGAGUUCAAACUUUUCUUUUUUCCAUUCUGAGACUGAAGUUAAAAAUAUGAAAUUAAACUCUGAAUUAUGAGAUGAAAGUCAGGAAUAAGAUUCAAGUCAGAUAUUUGAGAUAAAAGUAAGAUUUUAAACUUUUUUUUCCAUUCUGAGACAAAACUUUGAGAAAACAAAAGUCAGAGCUAAAAAGCUGAUUGACAUUAUUUGAAAAAACUAUCUGCUAAAAAAUGUCAUGCAUACCUCUAUCUAAUGCAAACCCAUAAUUUCUAUUUGUUUUUUGGUUUGUUUGUUUUAUGUUAAUCGUUUUUCACAGUAUGAUUAUUUAAAGGUUUAUUUUAUACACACAAUGUUUGGCCGUCUACAUCCCAUUUAUAAGCUUGUUGUAAAGGGGUGUUAAGGCUUCCUUGAUGCUUUGCCAUCAGCUUCUGCUCUUUUUUUUUUUUUUUUUUUUUUGCAGAGCAGCCUUAAUUUAAAGUGAGUCACUCCUCAUAAAAAAACAGCGAUCAGCUGCUGAUGCUCCACAUUCAGCUCCAGUUUUCUGAUGUGUCAUCUCUGGCCAGGCUUGGUGUGAGGAAGAGGAAGAAAGGGAGGAGGAGAUCCUGACUCCCCUCUCGCUCGGCCCAAAUCCCUUCCGUCUCGCGCGAGCUAACAGCAUGGUAAUGAGACUGUGGCAGAUGCUCGCGUGCCUUUACAAUCCACCCGACCCCCCGACGCACGCCGAGACUCCCCUCACGUCUGAUGAUGACAGGGAGAUGCUAAUAACCAAAUGCUGGGGUCCGUGUUAACGCUGGGAAUCUGGUUUAAAUUAUAUUCACAAAAAGUUUCCCCACCUUUAUGCUUUAGUUUUUCUUCCACCAUUUUUUUCCAGUCAUGAUCUUUUUUUUUAUUCUUUUCGUUCAUGAUACCUUAGCAAAAAAAAAAAAAAAAAAAAAAAAAAAAAAAGACUCAAAUAUUCAAAUGUUAUUAAAGUGCACACACAGCUCCCAGCCUCCUCCCCCAUCACCCUGCAGCACUCUGAUCCUCUAUGGGGGAGGGAGGAUGGUCCGGCAUGGCUCCCCGUACCGCCCUCUCUCCACCUGCUAUGCGGCCUUUGUCAUCAGAAUCUCCUGCUUCAUUUCAAUGACAAAGUUAGCAAACCCCUCACCCUGCACCCCCCGCGCCCCCUCUGGACUCCCUUUAGUAAUUUUAUGGUCCCCAAGGGCAGCAUUUCUGCAGCCACCCAUCACCCACCCAGUCAUCCUCCCUCCAACUUGCCAUAUGAGCGGCCAGGUUGAGGCAGGAGUCCUUCUGCUCCCCUUCAGAAGAAAUCAAAGUUAACCAGUCUGAUCGCGUCUGAUUUGUAAAUAUAGAUUAGCAUCAUCUGUCGUUCCUGUAAAGUUUCUUACGCACCUAGUCUCAUAUUCACCUGUGGGAGCAGGAGUUUCAUAGUCUAUGUAUUAGUCUGUUUGGACCCCCAGAGUAUCUUAUUCUGCAGCAGCCCCACUGCUGAGAUUAAAGAAACAUACUCGGCUGAAAAACUGUGAAACGUGCGCAGCUUUUCUUUUUGCUCCUCCGCAGAGGAAAUGUGAUUUGUGCGCGUCCUCGACUGCAGUAAUGCCAUUAGGGCACCAUCAGCUCCUCACCAGGGGGGUUGUAGUACCAGGCUAUAUGUGCAGAGGCAGCGGGCCGUGCCUAACGUUGUUAUACGUUUCGGAACUCUUUUAUUCUAUUGUACACAUGCCGGGGGACCGUGUCUGCUCCCGGAGAGACACCGCGGUGUUCGCGCUGCGCCCGGGGAGAGCCUGGCACCGUGCGUAAUAUCUCUGAUGCUGCGUAAUCAGCUGGAUGAACUGUGACUGAAGCGUUCACGGUUACAAACCACGCGCUCAGAUCAGGUUUGUUUGAUUUCAAUAGGGCCAACAACUAAUGAGAGUGUCCAAAAGUCAGCUUCUGCAUGAAGUUAAAAUGUCAUCCAGUUCUGGAUUAAAAUGAAUUGCUGGUUUCAACGUGUGACAUUUACAGACGGUUUUGCAAAUCGUUUAGUCAUGCUUAAAAUGUAAAUGCAGGACUGUAAUCAGUAUGUGAGCCAACCCAGUGCCUCCCUUACCCUCAACUCUGCUGACCAGUGAUUUUUUUUUCUUAAAAUAUAGCUACAAAUACCGAAAUUAUUUAAAAAUAAAAUUUAAAAAAAGCCAUUAUUGUCCAUAACUACAGAAUACAUUGGCUUCUUAUAAAUGAAAUGCAUCACAAUCCCCACCACCCCCACACAAAGUGUGUUACAGGGCAUGAGAAAGUAUAUGCAUGAGAUUAAUAUGACAUUAAAAUCUGACUGAAAUCGCAAGUCAAAUUUCUCAUACUUGGUUUAGAAUACAUAGAUGUUUACACCUCACUCAGACCCAAACUGGCCUCAGCACUCUGUGUUUCACACUUGGCUUUGGUCAGGUAGUUGAACAGCAUAUAGAGCCAUGUUCAAUAAGGUGUUGUUUUAAUGGGCAGCACCCAUGAGGCUCCUCAUCAGCUCUUGAGUUGUCCCACUUCCCCUCGCAUAAAUAGUGACUGUUGAGUCUGUUUGACAAUGUUCUGUAGGCUUCAUAUGUGCUUUUCGAUAUUCAACAGCGUGUUACAUAGAAAAGCUAAAAACUGUCAUUAGGUAUGGAAACAUAGCUUUAGUAUCAGCUCUGGACCAGUUUGUAUGUUUUAACAUACAUGUAGCCUCACACUAACUUAUCUGUUGAUUGUUUAGGUAUGUGAUGCAUCACUGAUACAACUCAACCAGGAGACAGCCCAACAGUAACCAACUGGAAGGGGCUAAAUAUGGACAUGCUUUAGUCAAUGAAUGGACUCUUGGCAGGUUCAUACUUGGAUGAGGACAGUUAAACCACCUCAAUAAGCUUUGAACACCACUCCACUUUACUGUGCAUGUACUAUAACUGACCGCCACAGUCCUAAACCAGGAUCAGUUUUCUGCACAGAGGAGAUUUUAUUUAAUCAAACCUUGGUUGAGGAAAUGCAGAACAUGGGUUUAUUUAUUAACAAAGAUGAGUGACUGUAAAGCCCUCCGUCUCAUAAGCUAAAUACUGCAUCCGUCCAAGACAGGUUGGUUUCUGGACAGCAAGUCAGUAUGCAUGUAGUUUGUUAUUGCAAAAAGUGUGGACAUUGAUUGGAUUACCAUCAUUAACUGAUUUGGCUAUUUCUGAAAAUGAACAUCAAGAUGUGUAUUACUUGGUGGUCAAGUAUGAGAUGAUAGCACGUGUAAAAAGACAUUUUCCAACACUUAAAGAAUCCAUGAUGUCCACAGUAGAUUCAGAGACCAGACUGUAGUUAUCCCUGUCUGAAGCCUAAAAUGAGCACCAUUACUCCACACCCUGUAUGGACCCUCUGCCCUUGUCGAGUCAGUCAGCAUCAGCAUGUGUAUAUAUCAGCUCAGAGCUGAUGUCCAUGUGUUUGCUCAGAGACAGAUGGCGGCGCAGAGAGCUGUUCCCACGGGUCACACAUAGGAAUUUAAAAUGCAGAUAAAAUCCAUCACACAGCGCAUCCUCUCAGAGAUGCCGGCCCCUGAUAAUUUGUUCUGUUGAAGCCGGUUAUCAGAUGUGGCUGGCACUCCAAAUGAAGCUUAUUGAGAGCAGGAGUCUGCGCACAGAGCCACUCAUUACUCUCAGAUUGAUUUGGGGAAAAUGGGAUCAGGGGACCUUCAAACGGGCUGCUGGAGUGUGUGUGACACAGAGAGGAGGAUGUACUGUAGGCAUGUUCGCUCUGAUCUGACCUUUUACACAUUUGAGUUCUGUAGCAUGGAUUAAUACAUGACAGGGAAAGACUUAUCAGCCUGCUGGAUCUUUAUGUCCUUUUCUCCUCCUCUGAGACCCAUCAUCCUCUCUGACACUUCGGAUAAAGUCUGUCCGGUCUGCUCACAUCGCCUCCUGAAAAGAAAACUCAAAUUCAUUUUUCUGCAGCAAUUUGAGGAGAAUAUUAGAUCCUAUCUGCUGAGAGCUGGGGCUGAUUCUCUCUUGGUGUGUCUGGGCCUGGGGGCGGUGGGUCUGAAUGGAUGGUAAUUGCAGGUUUGGGUAGUCUGAGGCCCGGGCCAGAUGGCCUCGUGCUGCGCUCAUAAAGCUCCGCGCGCCGGUGCUUUGCUCUCUGAGAGACACUCAAACUGGUGAUUUGGUCAGAUCUGGAGAGGUGGGCUGACAUAAAACAUUAUAAUGCAGCAACAGGAGGAGGAGGUCAGAGAGGAGGGCGCGCGUGAGGGACAGUUAGAAUUGAAACACUACACCUGAGUGGCAUGGGGGAGGGGGGUUUAAAAGCCCCACAGCGAAACUGUAAAAAUAAAGACACAUCUAUCAUCAGCUCGAAAUAUUUGAUUAUUCACGCCAAAUGAAGAUCUCUCCUGUGUGGUUAUCUGCACAAACAAAUCAUUUAAGAUGUUAAUUUGGGAGAAAUUUUGAAUAAUUGUUGUUUCCUUGGGUUCGGUCGACAGAUGCGCACCAGGGGAAAUUGUGCAGAAAAGAUUGUUCAUUUAAACCGUCUGAAACACUUUCCUGAUUUCCUGCCCAAACAUAACAAGAGCCAAGAGCCACCGAUUUGAGGAAUGUUUCUAUUUCAAUCCAAGAAAAAGAAAAUUAAGACAAUGCUUUUGUUACCUGCUUGUACGGAGGGGUAAAUUUUCAAGUGUCAGUAAUGGUUAGGCUGCAGAAGUGUUUCAUGGUCAAACAUGAUCUCGGCUCCAGAGACGUUGGGUUUCCAGAUUUAAACUGAAGAGACAGUCAGAUUGAAGAGGUCAAGAAUCAUCCAGACAGAGUAGGCCCUGUGUGCACAGAGCAGAGGAGUUAUAACGAAAUACUGUGCUAAAAUCGUUGCAAUUAAAGAUCACUCCUUUGUUUUGAUUCAUUUUAAUGUAUUCAACCAGGAAAGCCUUAGUGAGAUUAGAAAUCUGUUUAACAAGAGUGUCCUGACCUAGAUUAGGCAGCACCUUCCAGCAAUGUUACAGAAAAGUACGCACAACACGUAUAAACAACUCCUCCUGAAUCAGAUAACAGAUCAGUAAAAGCUUCUGCAGCCUAAUGCAUCCUCCUCCAGCACCUUGAGUCUACUUUAAAGAAACGUUUUAGGAGUCCAUCUCCCUUUGACUCAAAUCCUCCUGCAGCAGAGUCAGGAGCAGAGGACCUGAAACCCUCAUUUCCCCAUUUUAGGGACAGCGAGUCAAACAGAGUGAGGACUGCAGCUUUCAGUGUUUUUUAAAUUGAUACAACUACGAAAUGAAUCACGUUAGAAGACUUAAUAGGACAUUUCAGUGAUUUAGUCUGCAGGUGGAAGAUGCAGGUCAGCCAAGUCGUGCCUACAGAGAGCAUAGAUAAGAUUUGCAUGCAGCUUCAGUUCACCUCCGUCUGCCACAAAACAACAAGAGGAAAACGAUAUCAGAGCGAUAUUUUACAUGCUUUUGGUUUUUAUUUCUGCAGCAGGCGCAUGAUUCUGGCAUGUUCCCUUCGUUUUGGAGUUAUUAUUGUGACAGUGACAACUUUACGCACACAUGACAAAAGAGCCGAGCUGGCACACGUUGUGAAUUGAAAGCAUAACAAUGUAAGUCUGCCGCGGGUCAGUGUGAGCCUGUGUUCAGAGUCUGAGCCCAGAAUAAUUCCUCCUCUGGCCGAUUGUUGUGGCACACUUUUAAUACCAGGGUGUCCUCCGAGCUGGGGAGUGAGGGUGGGGGAGAGGGGGAGGAGAGAGGGGCUACCAUCAAUAGUCCCUCCUGUGCUGCUUGAAGGAGGCCAUUCUGGUGAUUUAGGAGGAGAGGGGGUGAAGGAGGUGGGGGUGUUUUUGUGUGGAGGGGAGAUGCAGUUUGGGUGAGGGGCGGGCAAGGAGAGAGGCUGGAGCGCAGGGAGUAAAGCGCACACGCUCCCUCCCUCCUCCUCUCUCUCUCUCUCUCUCUCUUGCUCACUCACUCACUCUCGCGCACAGACCGGGCGAAAGCUGCGCCUUUUCUUCACCCAGACAGACACUCUCACUCACUCUUUGCGCACACACAUGAGGCGACGGGCAUAUGUCGAUAUAUGCAACAGCUCUGUCAACAAGGAGAGCGCCGCGAUUUGUUGAUGUCUGAUAAUCUUUUUUUCCUGAACAGUUAAAGUUUAUUCUAUAUUUAUUCUUUUAUUUAUUUUUCAAUCAUUCGCGGAGUUUUCUUUGUGGACGAGGAGAAGCGAAGGAGGAUUUAACAUGCCAGAUCUUUAAGAGGACGCAGAAUCUCCCCCCCGGUUUUCCCCUCUGUGGAAGUAAUAGCCAGAGUGUGCGCGCAGAAGAUGGGGGCGAAAAGGAUCCAAACCAAAGGAAAUCUUUUCUCUUCGGCACUUCUCAAACUACUGCUCCUGGUCGUGCUCCUGCACACCGCCGCUGGUAAGACUUUGAAAUAUAAAGUUUACGAGGAGCAGAAAGUGGGCACUGUUAUUGCACGGCUCAAAGAGGAUGUAUCCGGGGUUUUAUCCAAACUACCGAGCUCUCUGACCUUUCGGUUCCGCGCUAUGCAGCGGGGGAGCACUCCGUUUCUCUCCGUCCGGGAGGAGGACGGUGAGAUCAGCAUUGGCACCAAAAUCGACCGCGAGAAACUGUGUGAGAAAAACUUAAACUGCUCAAUCGAAUUCGACGUGGUCACCCUCCCCACGGAGUACCUGCAGCUGUUUCAUGUGGAGGUGGAAGUGCUGGACAUCAACGACAACUCCCCGCACUUCUCCCGCGCCAUCGUGCCAAUCGAGAUCUCCGAGAGCGCAUCCGUGGGGACGCGCAUCCCGCUGGACGGCGCCGUGGAUGCGGACGUUGGGGAGAAUUCCCUGCACACGUAUUCCCUCACACCCAAUAACUUCUUUAAGAUCGACGUGAGGACGCGGACGGACGGUGCCAAGUAUGCGGAGCUGGUGGUGAUGAGGGAGCUGGACCGUGAGGUGCAGUCCAGCUACCAGCUGCAGCUCACAGCCUCAGAUAACGGAGUUCCCCCGAAGUCUGGCUCCACUUUGCUCAAGAUCAGCAUCUCAGACUCUAACGAUAACAGCCCAGCGUUUGACGAACAGGCAUAUAUCAUCAAUUUGCUGGAAAACUCCCCCCUUGGGACUCUAAUCAUUGAUUUAAACGCCACGGAUCCAGACGAGGGCACUAAUGGGAAAAUAGUCUAUUCCUUCAGCAGCCAUGUCUCACCAAAGAUCUUAGAAACAUUUAAGAUAAACCCAGAAAAUGGCCACAUUACCCUGAUUAAAAAAGUGGACUAUGAAACCACUGCGUCCUAUGAGCUGGAUGUCCAGGCUCAGGAUUUGGGCCCUAAUUCUAUCCCUGGACUUUGUAAAAUCGUGGUGAAAGUGGUGGAUGUAAAUGAUAACAAACCUGAGAUAAACAUCAACCUGAUGACGCCAGGCAAAGAAGAGGUGGCCUACAUUUCAGAGGGUGCCCCUGUUGACACAUUCAUUGCUCUGGUUCGAGUUGAUGACAGUGACACAGGACUCAAUGGUGAGGUGGUGUGCAGGCUGCACGGCCAUGGCCAUUUCAGGCUACAGAAGACCUAUGAGAAGAACUAUAUGAUCCUCACCAAUGUCUCCUUAGACCGCGAGAAGAGGUCUGAGUAUAGUCUGACGGUCAUAGCGGAAGAUCGGGGUUCCCCCAGCCUCUCCACCAUCAAACACUUCACUGUCCAGGUGCUUGAUGAAAACGACAAUCCUCCAAGUUUUGAGAAGAGCCGCUACGAGGUCUUCAAAUCAGAGAAUAACUCCCCAGGAGCAUACCUGAUGACUGUGGUGGCCUCAGAUCCAGACCUAGGCACCAAUGGCCAGGUCACCUACACUAUUAUAGAUGCUCUGGUCCAGGGGAGCCCCAUCUCUACGUACGUCACCAUCGACCCUUCCAAUGGCGCCAUCUAUGCCUUACGUAGCUUUGACCAUGAAGAUGUCAGCCGUAUUGCCUUCACCAUUCAGGCACGUGAUGGAGGAAAUCCUGCACUAACCACCAACACCACCGUCCUUCUGACUGUUCUGGAUGAAAAUGACAACGCCCCCAUCAUCCACUCCCCCUCCCUUCGAAAUCACACUGCCGAGCUGCCAGUGUGGAAGUAUGCAUCGCCCGGUCAGCUGGUCACCACGCUCAAAGUCACCGACCGAGAUGCUGGCGCCAAUGGGGAGGUGAGCUGCGCCAUCAUCGGCGGCAAUGAGGAUGGACUGUUUGUGAUGGAUGCUCGGCGCUGUGAGCUUAGGACCAAUGCCAGCCUAGAGCAGGCUCCAAGGGAUGUGAUGGAGAUCAGGGUGGAGGUGACGGACAGGGGCACCAGCAGGCUGUCCACUGUAGCUGUCCUCAGGCUCUCCCUGCAGGAGACCAUGGACAUCCUUCCCCCUCUCUACCCCACAGGCACCAGCCAGGCCCCCCUUGACCUCUCCCUCAUUGUCAUCAUCUCGUUGGGCGCAGUUUGUGCUCUGCUACUGGUUGUCAUGGUAAUGUUUGCCACUGCCCGCUGCAGCAGAGAGAAGAAGGACCCCAGACACAACUACAACUGCCGAGUGGCAGAGAACAGCUACCAGAACCACCCUAAAAAGCCCGCCAGGCAGAUCCACAAGGCCGACAUCACCCUGGUACCUACCGUCAAUGGGACCCUGCCAGUCAGGGCUCAUCCCCGGUCACCCUCAGCCUCCCCCACACCUGAGAGGGGAGGCACUCUGGGGAGCAGGCAGAGCCAUCACAGCCGACAGUCCCUCAACAGCCUGGUUACCAUCUCCUCCAAUCACGUGCCAGAGAACUUUGCCCUGGAGCUCGCCCACGCCACUCCACCUGUAGAGGUAAGAUAAGAUUUCAGCUCCAGCUCAGCUUUAGUUUAGAUCUCCACAUUCAGAGGGUCAGUUUGUGCAGAAAACAGAGUAAAGAGGCAGUUUUACUGGUUAAAAAUGUUUGAUGUAUCUCUUUAAAUAAGAAAGAUAAACCUCACACGAUAUUUACUCCCAGAAUCAUAAUCGAUGCAUGUUUUUAUUCCUCUUAUAUUCAGUAUUUGUUCUGAAUUUAUCCCUUGCUCCCAUAUUCUGUUGCCUUCAGCCCUUUGUGUCAUAUUUUUGUUGACCAUCACAUUCAGGAGCAAAUCACAAAGUCAUGCUUCCCCACCCCCCAUCCCCCCAAACAUUGUCUUGUGGCCUUGCUUGUUUGACUCCAUUCAUUUUCCCCUCUUCAUUUUUCCUUUUAUUUUUGUCCUUUUUCUUUUUUUUUGUCCUUUUUUGUUUCUCUUGGGAUUGUAGCAAGUCUCACAGCUUCUGUCCAUGCUCCAUCAGGGCCAGUACCAGCCACGACCCAGCUUCAGAGGCAACAAAUACACCCGGAGCUACAGGUAAUGAACGCACAGUCUUGCUAUUGUAAACCUCUGAAAUCAUGCUGAAAAAUUUCUACGUGGUUUGUUCUGUUUUUAGACUUUCACAUAGUCUUAACAUCCAUAUCCAGAAGCUUUUUGGUUUAGAGUCAAACUGUACGCUCAAUAACUCCACAUUUGCAUAAUUUUAUGUAAAACCUCUCCUGCAGAGCGCUCUCUCAGUGCACCUCAUUAUCCAUCAGUCGCGUGGCCUUCUUUUAGCCGUUUGAUGAUAUUAUUGUCACUGAAGAUCCAGUUAUCCAUGAGGAAUGAUUCAAACAUCUCUGUGGUGUGACUCUGUGUGAAGGUACGCUCUGAACGAGAUGGACAAGUUCAGUCUGAAGGACAGCGGCCGUGGAGACAGUGAGGCCGGAGACAGCGACUAUGAACCUGGCAGGGAGUCCCCCAUGGACCGGCUCCUUGGUGAGGGCUUUACUGAGAUAUAUGCCCCUGAUGGCCAGCACAGACCGCAUGCAGGUACACCCCCUGGCCCACCAUUCACCACACCCCACAACCCCUCCUUCCAUAUCAUCCUGUCUCUUAAGCAUCUAGAUCUGAAUCCUUCACAUCGUGUUAGGUACAAGGGGUGUAACGGUUUAUUUACUGCAAUGAUGCAUUGAUUUUAAUUCCCAUAAUCGGUUUAAAAAUGCAACAGAAUCUAAAUUAUUCCCUUGGUUCGUGUAAUCUGGGCAUGCUCCAGCAGGGCCAUGAUAGCACAGAGAAGCAAGAUAACUGAGAAAUUAUUGAGCUGUGAUGGCUUCAAGUCUACAUUUUGUAAAAGGGGAGGCAGCCUUGAUUGUUAACAGAGUAUGCAAAAGUGAAGUUCAGUACAUACUGCACUAUCCAGGAUCUCCUGGUAUGCAAAACUCUAAAUGUAUUACCCAGGUUUUCCAGAUAUUUAUGGCUCUAACUGUCUAUCUGGGGUAUCUAAGUGUCUAAAUUCCUAUCUUAACUAUCCAAGGUUUACAGGUAGUUAAAACCCUUAAUGCAAUAUUGCAUUGACUCCUUGUCAUUAAAAAAAUAUAUAGCGUUGUUUUGUUCUAAACCAAUCAAUAUUGUCCUAGAAUCAUAAGGCGAACAAUUUCAUUUGUGUCAUUACACCCCUUUCAAUAACUGAUGGUCUCUGUAAAGCUGUAAAAGUACCAACUGAAGUCAACCUAGGCUGUUGAUUAGUCUCCUAAAUGCCGCAGACAGCAGUUAGAAAAUAGAUAAUAAUGCUCAUCAAAAGCUUGCAGAUCUCAAGAUCACAUCCAAAAAUACUGAGAUAACUGAAUCAAACUCACUUAUGUUUUCACUUCUGAAGAAAAUCUGGACACUUUUUAUAAGUGGGAACCAGCAAAAAAUUCAAAAAUAUUCCAACCCAAUAAUCUGUCAGCACUCACAGCUUGGUAGAUUUAUCUGUUCAUUUACAGAAGCCAUGUAAUAAUCAGUUAAAGUCACUCCAUGAUCAAUGAACGCAGCUCUGGUCAAACACCAGCUUAACUGGGUUAAACCACUUUCUCAACCCUGGGGUAGCAACCCCCUCUAGAGGUCACAUGUUUAGCACAGAUGGGCAGAAUUCUGAGCAGCAUGGUCAUGUGUUCAGUUAACUCUCCAUUGAGGCAUCAGAUUAACCCUCUGAACAAGACGUUUUUAAUGAUAUUUAAAUAAAGUCAAUACUAAUGCUGCUUUGAUAUCUUAUGUGUUAAGUUGGUUCAAUUAGUUCUUCAGUUCAUGCUGGGUUUCUAUGAAUGUUACAACCUUUUAAAAUGAACUCAUGGCUUUGCAUGAAUCGUUAUGUAGAAGACAGUUAUUUCACUGAGAGAAAGGAAGUUGUUUCUUAUCUUAACAGAUAAGUGGAUAGUUUAUUUAGACUUUGUGUGGUCACAUUCCUGAAGUCUACCGUUUAGCAGCUUAUCACAAUGGCUGCAUAUAACCACCUGCUGAAUGCCAGUUGAUGCACAGAUAUUAGUGUACUUUUGCCUGUCAUGAUAGAAAGACUUGAUUUUUUUUUUUAAAUUCCUGUAAAAAUGCCUGUGAAGAGAGCUGCACGGUUAAAUACAAGAGAGAUAAAUGAUGCACAGUUGAAAGAACCUGGGUCACAGACACACAAAGUGCUCUCUUUAUCCACUCUCCAUUAGCACAACUCUGUUUCUGCAUGUCUUUUCUGUUCUGCAUCACAAACAGCUGCAUGUGAAUUGGUCUUGCUGGUUUGUGGAUGAUCUUCAGUCACUGUUUGUCACCUCUACAUCUCUAAAGUUUUGGAGAUAUUUCUGCAGAUUGCUCAACUGGUCCAUCCCUCCUCCCAUCUGUCCCUCUGCAUGGAGUGUCCCUCCUCUCCUCCUCAUAAUUAACAGCCAGUAACUCUGGACCAUUGUUGCACGCUGGUUGACCCCGUUGACUCAAAAUUUCUGCCCACCUAGCAGCACAACUCUGGCAGGUUUGAGCAGGAAACACUGGGCCACACUCGGUGUAAAGCUCUCAGCCUGUCUUAGUUAACGUCACACGGGUUGCGAAGCUGCAGCAGCUUCCUUCAUCACGCCAUCUCUCUCCUCCCAGAGCUCCCGCUUCUUUCCUACCAGCUUCCCACACAGCCAUCACUCUACUCUGCAUUUGAGCUACAUCCCAAUUAAAGUCGACCCAGACGGGCAGACAAUCUCAUCACUAACACCUCCUCACUCCCGCCCUCCCUCGCUUCGUGGCUUUGUGGGGGAGCUCUGCUCGUUAGUCACUCUCCUUUUCCCACCUUCAAGCCUUCACUCUCAGCCAUCCAAACUGAAGCCCUUCUGCUCUCCUGAUGAAAAGGAAGCAUUUAAUUGCCAUGUGACGAACAGUUGCCAUGGAGUCGGCACAGACUUGCGCUCAUGAUUAGGCCCUGAAGAGCAUAAUUACAUCUCAAAGCUCACCUUUCUCCCUCUGUACAUUCACCCCGCCUCCUGCCCCCGUGUCCACUGCAGCGUGGAUGAUUUCAAGCAGUAUUUAGUCGCUGCCCUGUCAUUAUUGCCGACAAUGGUAGCCCUCCCUGCUCAGAGGGAGAAUAAGGCAGAAAGUAAAGUCUUUGUUUGCAGCUCAUCUGGAUGCAGAAGAUUUCACACAGUUUAUUAUCAGGGAAAGUAGCUCCAGGCUUGAAUCAUUGCACACUCAAAUAAACCUUUAGAAACACUCCAAUUCUCUAAAACAGCAGAAUGAGAGGAAAUUUAUGGAAUUUACUCUCAGCUGUUUUUGUUUUGGAGAGAAUAUGCAGAGUGCGGGUUAAUACACUUAUUCCCUUUCUCUGUGAGCCUGAGAUUAGAGGAUUAUUAUCAAUCCCACGUUGGGUAUUACUGAGCGUUCAGAGCUAGAAUCAAGAAGUGUUUAGUCUAGCUUAGCACAAAGACUGGAAUCAGAGGGGAAGAAAAACACUUAACAACACGUCUGCCGCUAACUUAUCUAUGAGUUGCAUCUAGCUAUUUAUCUGUCAUGCGCUAAACAUGAAAUCAGAGGACUUGUCAUACCAAAACAGAAGUGGGAUGCAGUGAUUUCCUGCAGUUUUACCUUCAUCGAUGAUUGAACAAACAAGUUGUUUGUGUUGAAGUUGCAGCUCUAAAGGUGUUGGCAGGAGCGUCUCUUCACUUUGUGAUCAAACAGAUGCUCACCUGUGCUUUCAGCUUAAAUACUGAGCUUGGCACAACAUUAAAACUCUGACCAAGUUUCUGAGGACAAAAGUUUACCAAUAACAGACAUAUCAGCCUAUGUGGUAAACUUUUUUUAAACUGGAAUGAGAGCCAGCUCUUUAUAUGUGUAUAUUUUCAACAUAAGACUUUUUGGGCGCCUAGGAGCCUGCAUUUUGAACAAAUCACUUCAUGAAAACACUCCUACAGCAGGCCAACCAGUAGCAGGUUUAAUGGCUGUAUGCAAAGCUGCAACACUCUGCUACAAGUGCUGCAGACAGCACAGAGAGGGUUGGAGUCAAGCAUGCUCGGCUGGAAAAAUACACAAUAAAACCACUUCUGAAUCUGAAUCUGGUACAUAUCAAUGUCAUUCACUAAUAACUAUUUAUCUGUGAUAUGGCAAUAUCAGGUCAGCAUAUCGACCUAGUCUUUUCUCAAGCAGAGCUAUAAAGGGGUUCAGGACUCUGACCUUAAUGGACCCCUUUGCAGAUGUUUGUCUCAGUCCGAGGUGAUUCACUCGGUUCUAGACAGAAGUGGACCUCUCCCGCACAGACACUGAGGUACAGAGCGCAGAGAAGAGUUUGUCUCUGAUAACUUUGGUUAAAAAUACUCUCCCUGUCAGCCUGACCCAGUUCUUUGUGCAUAAUGAAUGAGGAGUAAACAGUGCUUUCACCUGCAGGCAGACUGAAGGAAGGCUCUAAGUGUACAAGUAGGACUCCACCAGUUUUAUGAGUCAAAGUCUGUUUGUUUACCUGCCAGGAGAAUCAGCCAGGACAGCUUCAGAACACAGGACUUUAAAAUGAGACAGAUAACCUCUGAUGAUGUCAUUGUGAUGUCAUCCAGGCACUCAUCGCUGAGCGGGGUGUCACACAUGAAGUGAAGUAGAUCUGAAAGGUGUGGGCAUUUACCUGACACAAUCAGGCUACAUCACGGGGAGUGUAGGUCGCUGUUUCUGGAGCAUGAGAUCAUGAAGGAAACUAAAAACUCAAGAAUACUCUCAGUAAUCAUCCACAGAUGGAAACAUGACUUUGGCUCAGAGCUGCCAGACUGAGAAUACAACAAUAGUGUCCUGUAGCUUUACAAUUACUAUCUUUCACUAUCAUACUUAAGAAGAGAAACUAAGACAGAUGACGGCACUGAACAGCAACACACAGUAUAGUCGCACUGCAAAAAAGACUUUUAUUUUGAAGGGUACUCAGGUGAGAAGUGAUUGUGUAAUUGGCUUUGAUUGCACUGCAGAAAAAAAUCACAACUUUGUAAAUGUUAUUUGUCUCAUUUCAAGACUUCAUUUAAAUCACAAUCACCUUAAAGUUCAGAAUAAUGUCUUAUUUCAAGUGUUAUACAUCAACAAUAUGACCUAGAGUGCUUUGAACAAAUGAAAAAGAAAUCUGCCAACAGGAUAAGAAAUAAAGUCUUGAAAUGAAACAUUUUUCGAUUUCAAGAAACCUGAAAAGUAUGCAUUCUUACUCAACGAACAGAUAGACCUUUUAUGUACAUCUGUCACCAAAUAAACCCUGUAAAAUAUUGAAAUAAGACAAAAAAGAGAUUGAGUUUUUGCAGUGCAUUUGUAACUAACUGCACAGUAACUCCAUCCCUUAUUAUCCUUCCAAAUAAAAGCACCAUAUCUGCACAUGGCAUCAAUGUUUGCCACAUGAACUUAAGUCGCUCAGGGCAUUUGGCUAAAAGGUGAGAGUAGAGAAACAAUAGAUAUUAGUGAAGGAUCAUUUAGUUUUAUAUCCAGCACAAAUGUCUCAUUAGGCUUAAGUUAAUCCACAUUCCCCUCAAAGUCCAGACAAACCUCUUAUUUAGAGUUAUGACAUAACAAGACCCAAACUGCACAUUAUGAAUAAGAAAUCUGCCAAUGGGACAAAAAAUAUUAUUCUCAAGUUACUUGAUAUAAGAUUUAAGGUAUUAACAUAAGAAGAUGACUUAUUUUAAUAGUUUGACAAAUACAUUUUCUUACUCUACCAGCAGAUUUUUUUUGCCUUUAUUCAUUUGGAUGUGUAAUUUCUUGACGUAAGACAUCUUUCUUGGACUCACUGCUUGAGUGAAACCCAAUCAUUUUAACUGGAAAUGUGACAUAAUUUAGCAAUUAUUUACUAUCUGCUUUAACGCCUGCAUGCUGCUGGAACAACACUGGAGCGAAGACUAUCUUAACCUGCUGUGAUGAGCUUUUCCAGCUACAGUCCUGCAUAAUGAGCAGCAGGUGUGAGUAGGACAUCAGGGCAUGAUUUGUUUGGCAUCAGAGCUGAGAGCGUGUCAGUCAAGCUGUGAAGACAUGUUCAGUCAUGCUGGUGUGAAUGGCUGCUCUCAAAUUGCAAACAUUGUAUACUUGCUUAUUAAGAUGGCUAAUAUUCUGCAUAUAUUGAUCAUGAGUGGUUUUGAUUGAAUAUGACAGUUUCGCUGGUUUGGCUUGACAUGUGGAUAAAACGGAAAGUCCAUCACAGCUCAUAGUUUGAUGAAUUUAGUUUUUUACUCCUGCUUUCUGUCUGCUUCUUUCUAGCUUCAUCAGCCCUUUAGUGUCUUGUACGUGGCAGUAUCUUUUAGACUCUUUAUCAUUAGAUGAACUUAUUAAUUCAGAGUUUGUCAGGUCUUUCCUCCCUUGUGCAUUUUCUCUUCACAUCCCAGUAAUUAACGCCCUUUCCAACAAUCUGACUCGCUGUGUUUUUCAGGAUAGGCUGUUUAAACUUUUCACUAUGCAAACUUAGUGAAACUUGUACAAACAAAGUGUUGGAUUGUCCCUUCAAGUGUGUCCUCGGUCUCGUCUAAAGCUGUCUGCCAGCGCUCGCUGUCUCUGCCUCCGCUCAGUGGGAAAUAGAAGCCCCCCCACUGCUUCUUAUCAGGGAUAAAAGGAGAUAAAAUUUGAUAAAAGAAAAGCUCUCAAGUAAACAAACCCACAGCCGGCAGUGAGCCAUGUUGUCCACAGCUCUGAAUAAAACCAAACUGAUUUACGUGCCAGUAAAUUAUGGCUCUAUAAGUCGACUGAAUUGACACUGCAGUCAGUCAAACAGGCAGGCGUUCAGUAAAUGUUUGCCUGAUGUGUUCUUUUUCUCAUUUUUUCUUGCAAAUCGCUUGGGUUAAAUCUUUCAUUUUCUGCUUUCAUCAGUAGGGCAUCCAAUCUGCCGCUGCCCCCGUGCUGUUUCUUCCCUUCCAGUGCACCCAAAUGCACUUUUCAUCUGCUCUAAGAUGUAUUAUAAAUGUUCCUUUCAUGUUAAUGAGGGGAUAAUGAAGUCCCUCAAUAGCACGACUGAAAAGCGCCGCACUCCUUUAAUGAAGGCUUUAAGUUGGCAUAUUUGAUUUGUCUAAUUUAUUCUUCAGAGAUUUUCUAUUUGAAGAUUCAAAAUUGAAAACAGCAACUUGAAAGGGAAAAAUUCAGGGCUUUUAGAGGAGGAGUUAUUUUGAAUGGGUAAUAGGCAUUGAUCGGCCUUGCUGAAUUGUCUCUCAGUGGUAAAUACAUUGGAAGGUACCGUAGCAGAGAGAGCUCCUGCAGAGAGCCUUUCAGACUAAUUAAGGCUGAAUCCCACCUUGUUUUCAGAGACACUGCAGCAGGAACACCCGAGGAGGCAGCCAGAAAGAGAACAAUGAAAAGAGAUGACAGGAAUCAUCUGCGAAUCCUUUUCAUUCUUAUGAACAUGCAAAAUAUACAAGGAUGGGAUCUCUAUUUGAAAUUAUCUGCAAGAUAGAUCUACUACCCUGAUAUAUGGAGUUACUGUAUUAGAUAUUAAAGUUCAUACAAGCUUUCAGUGAAAGUCUUGGGGUUGACAUUCUUGCUUAGGCAUACACUGUAUUUGUAUAGAGCAUUGUAACAAUUAUGUUUACCAAGGUGCUGCACAGGAAAAACAGCAGAAAUAAAAACUCAACUACAAUUUAUGCAGAGGCAUGCAAAAUAGUUAAAAAACAUGCCUAAAAAACAAACAAACAAACAAAAAACAAAUAAAAGCUAGAAAAAACUUACUGAAGUUUUGAGUAAAGACUUAAAAACUCACAGAGACCACCCCAAGAUUGUAAGCCAAGACAUAAAAAACUAUUUAUUUUAGCUGUGUUUUAACUGAUAGGAAGUUGCAUGCAGCCUGUGUGUUACUUUGUACACAGGGGCAUCGUCAUCAAUUUGAUGCCUCCCCAUAAUCCAUUUGGUUUUUUCCCCUUAUCUCCGCUGGUUUCCAUCUUCAAGGCCUUACCUGUACAGCUCUGCCUUCAAAGAUCUGAAGUUUGAUGUCCAGCUCUGAGUGUCCACACACAGUUUUCCUCAUGACUUAUGUCUUCAUUUGUCCUUGUCAUUCCAGCAAUGAGGCUCUGCACAGACGAGUGUCGUGUCCUGGGUCACUCAGACCAGUGCUGGAUGCCCCCCCUGGCCUCCCCAGCAUCCUCCUCUUCUGACUACCGGAGCAACCUCUACAUCCCAGGGGAAGAAGCCCGCCAACCCACCGACGUUGCCCAGGAAAAGACCCCUCAGCCCUGCACUGAUGCUGGCCCCGCCCGCAACCAGAGCUUCUCCACCUUUGGAAAGGACCUGGGCAGCGAGGACGGAGAGGAAGAGGAGGGGAGGCAGGACGGUGCUGGUGAGUCCAGAGAUGAAGACCUCUGUGGGACCACGUCAUUGCUGUCAGAGAUGAGCAGCGUGUUUCAGAGGUUGCUGCCACAGGGUUUGGACUCUUACGUUCAAGUCAAUGAGAACCAGAAGGGGACUAGCCUGAGCGGGGUGGGGGUCCCAAUGACUGGAUCUUUAGAUCGCAGGAGGGGUCACCUUCCUGGAAAAUCAAACCCCUCUGUCCACCAGCAGGGCGUUGCAGCCUGGGCCGCCAACACCCACUUCCAGAACCCUGGGAGCAGCAUUGGCCCGUCCGGCCACCACCAGGGCAGCUACCACACCCUCAAACCCAGCACCAAGCUCAGCUCCCAGAGUGGUUGCCAUAAGGGCUUGCAGGCGCCCAAAAACAGCCCCCAGAACAGUGGCCACGCCCCCAAACCCCACAGCAGCCCCCUGCUCACGGCUCUGGUAAGCCCCACUCUGGUUCAGCCCCCUCCGGCCCCAGUGCCGGUGCCCGUCCCACUCCCCGGACCCUCCUCUAAGUGGCUGCCGGCCAUGGAGGAGAUCCCCGAGAACUAUGAGGAGGACGACUUUGACUCGGUGCUUAGCCAUCUGCAGGGCAAACGCAGCGACAGUCGACAUGAGCUGGUGGAUGCCAGUGAGCUGGUGGCCGAAAUCAACAAACUCUUACAGGAUGUCAGGCAGAGCUAGACUUCCUGAUUCUUACCCUCCUUAUUUAUUCACUGCUCACUGACUGCUGCCUCCACUACAGAAUAUAAGUGAGGGAGAGUGAGCGGCAAAAAGAAAACCGAAUAAGAACAAAGACAAAAAAUAAGACCUGCAAGUGUCGUUAAAGUUGCAUUUCUAAUGUGCUAAAUGUGUUUUGUGAAUGCUAAAUAUCCAAAAAAUUGUUUGUAAUUGCUGGUUUGGUACACAAUGUACACUAUGUGACUGUAUUUAUCUUUGUAUUUUAAAAAUACAUUUGUAUACUUAUAUUUAUAAAAAGAAGUGUAUAUAAAGUUAAUCAGAAGUCUAUUUUUAUAUUUUGAAUGCAUGUUGAAUACAGAAAUGUUGAAUCAAGACUUUGACAUGCGAUUGACAUUCUACAUAUUUAAUUGGUCUUUUGUAUUGUGAUUCUUUUUUAUUUGUCACUAUGAUAUGUAAACUUGAGUAUGUUAAUGAUUAUUGGACACUCGUCUUUGUGGAUUUAUGUGGGGAACGGGAUGGUACACAAUAAAAAAAUAAUAAUACACUAA